CUCGCUCUCCCCCGGGCGGCCGGAGACGGCGGCGGCGUCUGCGGGAAGCCGUGUGUCUCCGCAGUGACGUGGGCGGGCCGAGGGCUCGGUGACGUCAGAGGGCUGUGUGUAGCGAUGUGUGUGGGGUUCGGAGCGGCGCCGGCACAGCCGAAGGGAGCGGGCGAGCGGCGGCGGCGGCGGGCACAGAUUCAUUAAAAGAAGAAUGAACAGUAAUCCUUGAAGAUAACUGGGCAGUUUUUCUUUAGGUAUCAUUUUUAACUGUAGAAGUUCAAGUGGAGUGAGAGGCUCUUGCUGGUGUGAGGAUUUAUUCAAGUCUUCAGGUUGUCGACACAGACCAGCAGAUCAUCGUUUUUAGAGAAGAAUUUUUUUUCUUUUUUUGGUGUCCUUGGUGCCAAAAAUUAAAUUUGGGUGCAUCAUUUUGACUUGUGUUUGUGUCUAGGUUUUAUGAUACAGUAAUCGCAUAAACUUUUCAUGUGUUUUGCUUAAAACCAAACCAAACCAUUGCAUUGAACCUGGACAUCUUGAAUUGAGAGGAUUGGUAACUUUAUUUUAAUACGUAUAUCCGAAGAAUUAAAAAAGAAAAAAAAAAACUUCCUCAGAGGUGUGCCUCUUCAAAUCAUAUUCUUUAUUAAAGACAAAACGAGGAAUUUUUAGCAUUUGUAGUGAAAUUAUACUAGAGUAUAAGCAGAACCAAAACAAAGUUGCAAAAUCUAUUCACUAGGGAGAUCUCUCUUUGGAAAUUUAAAUUUUCUAUGAGAGUAAAUUACCAUAAGUAUUGGUGUAUAUCGCUUUUCUCUCUUCAAAUAAGCAACUAAAUAACAAUGCAAAUCUCAGACUUACUUAUUUAACAGUAGUUUUUAGCAAUGGAAAACCUACAGACAAAUUUCCCCUUGGUUCAGGGUUCCAAUAAAAAACUGAAUGGGAUGGGAGAUGAUGGCAGCCCUCCAGUGAAAAAAAUGAUGACAGAUGUUCAUGCAAAUGGAAGAAUGAUGAUCAACAAGAUGCCAACAGUAAAGAAGGAACACUUGGAUGACUAUGAAGCGCCCAUGGAAACUAAUGGAGAGCAUGUCAAGCGAACCUGUGCCUCUGUGCCUGAACCUUUGCAUUUAAAUCCCAGUUUGAAACACACUUUGGCACAAUUCCACUUAAGUAGUCAGAGCUCUCUGGGUGGACCAGCAGCAUUCUCCGCUCGGUAUUCCCAAGAAAGCAUGUCACCUACUGUAUUUCUGCCUCUUCCAUCUCCUCAGGUUCUUCCUGGUCCACUACUCAUCCCUUCUGAUAGCUCCACAGAACUCACCCAGACUGUAUUGGAAGGGGAGUCUAUUUCGUGUUUUCAGGUUGGAGGAGAAAAGAGACUCUGUUUGCCCCAAGUCUUAAAUUCUGUUCUCCGUGAAUUUUCACUCCAGCAAAUAAAUACAGUGUGUGACGAGUUGUACAUCUAUUGUUCAAGGUGUACUUCAGACCAGCUUCAUAUCUUAAAGGUCCUAGGAAUACUCCCAUUCAAUGCCCCAUCCUGUGGGCUGAUCACAUUAACUGAUGCGCAAAGACUAUGUAAUGCUUUAUUGCGGCCACGUACUUUUCCUCAAAAUGGCAGCAUAUUGCCUGCUAAAAACUCAUUGGCCCAGUUAAAGGAAACUGGCAGUGCCUUUGAAGUGGAACAUGAAUGCUUGGGCAAAUGUCAGGGUCUGUUUGCACCCCAGUUUUAUGUUCAGCCUGAUGCUCCGUGUAUUCAGUGUCUGGAGUGCUGUGGAAUGUUUGCGCCCCAGACAUUUGUGAUGCAUUCUCACAGAUCACCUGACAAAAGGACUUGCCACUGGGGCUUUGAAUCAGCCAAGUGGCAUUGCUAUCUUCAUGUGAACCAAAAAUACCUAGGGACACCUGAGGAAAAGAAACUGAAGAUAAUUUUAGAAGAAAUGAAGGAGAAAUUUAGCGUAAGAAAUGGAAAGAGAACGCAAUCCAAGAUAGAUACACCAUCAGGAAUGGAAUUACCAUCAUGGUAUCCUGUUAUAAAGCAAGAAGGUGACCAUGUUUCUCAGACACAUUCAUUUUUACACCCCAGUUACUGCUUAUACAUGUGUGAUAAAGUGGUUGCUCCAAAUGUGUCGCUUACUUCUGCUGUAUCCCAGUCUAAAGAGGUCACAAAGAUAGAGGCGAGUAGAUCUGUACCAAGACAGUCAGAGAAGCCUCACAGUGGUGGGAAACAUCAAAAAACAGUGUCUUAUCCAGAUGUCUCACUGGAGGAACAGGAGAAAAUGGAUUUAAAAACAAGUAGAGAAUUAUGUGGCCAUUUAGAUCCAUCGGUCUCAAAUAAUUCUACAAGUAAAAAGAAACCUGAGUCUACCACUUGCAACUUAGUCCGAGACACAAGCAAGGCGGGAAUUGACCAUGAUGCUCUAGCUUCAUCUUCACUUCUUGUCAAAGAUGUCAUUUGUGAGGAUGAUAAGGGAAAAAUCAUGGAAGAAGUAAUGAGAACUUAUGUAAAACAACAGGAAAAACUGAACUCAAUUUUGCAGAAGAAGCAACAACUUCAGAUGGAAGUUGAAAUGUUGAAUAGUUCAAAAGCUAUGAAGGAACUCACUGAAGAACAGCAGAAUUUACAGAAAGAGCUCGAAUCUUUGCAGAAUGAACAUGCUCAAAGAAUGGAAGAAUUUUAUGUUGAACAGAAAGACUUAGAGAAAAAAUUAGAGCAGGUAAUGAAGCAAAAAUGUACCUGUGACUCAAAUUUAGAAAAAGACAAAGAGGCUGAAUAUGCAGCACAGUUGGCAGAACUGAGACAGAGAUUGGACCAUGCUGAGACUGAUAGGCAAGAACUCCAAGAUGAACUCAGACAGGAGCGAGAAGCAAGACAGAAGUUGGAGAUGAUGAUAAAAGAGCUAAAGCAGCAAAUUGUGAAAUCAUCAAAGACGGCUAAAGAAUAGAAACCUUUAAAGAGAUUCAUCUGUGUAUUCCCAACAGGGUUUAUUUUUGUUUGUUUGUUUGCUUUGGUAGUUGAAUUCUGAACAAGUUAUCUGCAUGAAGAUUACUUAGCAUUCUAUCCAUUUGUAGAUCAGAGAAAGUGAAGAGAUUAUAUAUUAGUACAUAAAUUUUUACAUUUUUCCAAAUGAAUGAAAAUGUAUGUUUCUUUGUACUUUUUUUUCCACCAGCUUAGUAACAGUACUAUAUGGUUUCAGCUAUUAGAUAAUCUGCCUAUAUUUCUAAUACAAAUUUAGCAGUUGUAUACUUUUUAAAAGCUGCGUUAUGUGAUGGAAAAUAGUUGUGACCAGUUUUGUUAUCCGUAUCUCAUACUCAAUUUUAGAUACAGUAGUGACUUCAUAUUUCAGAUAUAUAGAGCUAUUCAAGGAGUUGAAUCUCCAUUUUUUUCAUUAACAUAAUCUCCUUUCUAAGUUGAUAUAGUAUGCUCAUUAUUAUAUACAAAAUUUGCUUUUAUUUUGUUCAUAUUGUGGAAUGAAUUUUCACCAGUUCUCUUUAGUGUCUCCUAAAAGACGUUUUGUCAGAAGAGGAAUUUCACUGACGAGGUUACAGCACACCCCAUGGGCAUAAUGGGGAAGGAUAACGUGUUUUGUUAUACACUGCUGCUAAACACAAGAAGCAGUUGUAAUUUGUUUUUUGGUUUAAAUGUGGUUAUAGUUAGAAAAAUUUUUUUAUGUAGCAACUUCAGAAGAGGAAAUAAAAUGGAAUAAUUUUUGAACUUUUGUUUAUGUUGUUAAUAGUGGUGAGAAAACAUUAAUGUUCUUGAGGAAAACUGAUAACCAUUGAUGUACAUCAGUUUCUAUACAAUCCAUAAUCCUCCUGUACAGUUUUUAUAUGUAGUUAUGGGUCUUACUGAAAUUUAUAUAAUGGAUUUGUUUUCCUUAGUGGAUUUGUUUUCCUUUAAAUUGUAAAAUAUUAAACACCUUGAAGGUUAUUUUGGACUUUUGUAUGUUUAAAUGUUAAGUCUUACCAAAUUUGCACGGAUGGACCAUUUUCAAUUACUACUUAAUAUCAAAAUCAGGUAGUUACAGUCAACUGAUAGUGUAUGAUAGGUUAAUUUAGGGAACUUUAGUUAUCUGCUACUAAAAGUUUUUAGAUAAUUUUUAGAAGUCAAAGGAAUUCCAUAGUUUGGGGUAGGGGCAACAUCUUCUGCACUUUUUUUUUUUUUUUUUGCACAGAAAAGUCUAUCAUUCUUUAAUGGCAAAUUUCAUAUUAGUUAAUUCUUGGCUUAAAAGAUGUUAGGUAAAAUUUCCAGUGUGCAUUUUUUAAAGGAAGUUUUCUGAAGCUGCCAUUAAUUGACAUUAUUAUCCCAUGAAUUUUGUCUAUGUUCUCACGUAAGGGACUGUAUGAAAUUAGUUGAGAGCUAAAUUUAUAUUUAAAAUAACUCAGCUACAGUUAAGGUUAUAGUCCCAGCAUAGAUGAUAGAAACUUGAAUGGUAUAGAACUUCAAAAAUCAGUGAGUUAUCUAUCAUUUAGCCAGUUAUUUCCAUAUUUUGCUUAAUGGUACUUACAUGUCCUAAAAGAAUUUUUGUACUUCACAAAGUAUAGUUUCUUUGCUAGGGUGUGAUCUAAAUGUGUGUUUUCUAUUUUUCAUUUAAAUGUUACUGUAUUAACCCUAAAAUUUAAUUUGUUGAUUCUUGGAAUCUCCCUAAGGAGGAACAAAUGUUAAAAAUAACAUACCCUCCUAAUACCUUUUAUUUAGAUCCAGAGAAAGAAGAAUCACAAAGACAGUUUAUGAUGGAUACAGUUUCAUUGUAGUUGUGAAUUAGUUGUGUUACAGCUAAGCUUU